AUGGAUCAAUGUGAUUCUUCUAAAUUGAAAAUAGAUUACUUAAAUUUAGAGAUUUAAAAUAUAAACUAAAGGUUGUAGGAAUAAAUAAGCAUAAAUAUGUAGUAUUAAAGUUUAGUAAAUGGUCGAACUGAUAUGAAAAUGUUAUUGAGUGUAACAAGAUCAGAGUAGGAACUUUUAAAAUAAUAAAUAACAAAAUUAUUGAAUGAAAGGAAUAAAGCUGUAUCAAAGGUAAUAUGAAAUGUAAUUUAGGUUCUUAUUCUGGAAUAAAUUCUUUAAGUCACUUAAUAAGAAAACAAUUUUAUUUUAAAAGAAUCAGAGCAAAGAAUAAAAUAAUUACAAGAACAAAUGAAAUAUUAUGAAUAAUCAAGUUAAAACUUACAAGUUUAUGAAAAUGAUCCUCAAAAUUAAGGUUAUUUAAUCAAGUAUAAAUAAGUAUAAAUAAAAUACAUUGGUUAGAUAGUAAAUAUGAAUGAAGCAACAUUAAGAUUAUAGUAAGAGAUUGAGACUUAUAAAGUUUAAUUAGCUUUAGCUCAUAUGAAAAUGAGUAAAUUAUAAGAGUCAAAGAAUGAUUUAAUUUAGUUAAAUUUUGUAAAGAAUUCUUUUAAUUUUAGACUUUAUCAAAUGAAAUAUGUAGGUUAAAGUUGUAACCUAAACAAGGAGGAGUAAAGAACAUAGAAAAAUACAUAUCUUAAUUAAUAGAAGUUUAAAAGAAAAUGAUUUAAAUAGAUUAUGAUGAUUCUGAUAAGGAUUGUACAUCUCCAAUAGAAGAUAAAAUUCAAUAUUAUUAAAAUAAAUGUAUAAAUAUAUCAAUAUUGAGAGAUUAAUUUUACUUAGCAAAAUAUGCCAAAAUUAGAUCUGAAAAGAGCUUAACAGAUCUAAACAUUUACAUUAUAAUAAAUAUCUAUGAAAUAAUAAAAAAAUUAAGAUUUAAAUAGUUAAGAAGAAUUAAAAAAAUGGAUAUCAGAAUAUAAAUAUUUAAAAAAUAAUUAUGAUGCAUCAAAAAUACUAUUUGAUUAAUUGAAAAUUUAAUAUGAAGAUUUAUAAAGAAUGUAUAAUGAAACAUUAUCUAUAAAUGCCACUUUAAUAAGAGCAAACUAAAAUUAUGAAGAGAAAUGGUAGAGUAUUAAUAAAUAGCAUAUCAAAUAUAAAUAAUUUUAUUUAUAAUAUAAGGAUUGUAUAGAUAUUUUUAAUUAAAGCUUAACAAAUAAAAAAUUAUAGGAAUCUGUAUCUGAAAGAAAAGAUUUAAUUGAAUUUUCAAUUUAAGAUUAACAAUUAAGACCUACAUCUUAAUUAAGAAGAUCUAGUGUUAAUGUAGUAGGAAUUACAUCAGUUGAUUCAACAGCAAAUUGUAUUAAUUAUAAAGAUAAGUUAAUUCAAAUUACUAAAGAUGUUUUUUAAAUAUUUAAAAAAAAGUAACAUGAAAAUGAAAGUAGUGAUGAAGAUAUUCCAUAAAUAAAUUAAAUGAAAAGGGAAUUUACAGUAUCCAAUAAUUGUUAAUCUCAAUAAAGAUAAGUGAAAAAAUGA